GAGGAAAGGGUUAAGCGCGAAUGUUGCUGACUGUGCACGCGCGCGUGAACUCCCACAGUUCGAUCAAUGUCUGUCCGCUUCUCUUCUGCCCGUUUCUAGAGGCUCGCGGAAGAUUCGGACUAUGCCGUUUACGCACUCCAGAGUCCCACAUCAUCUGUGCUGGGAAACCAUAUCAGUGACUGUCCAGUUUUAAAAUGUAUCUCAAGAUGCCAAACUUGAUUUUAGUUUUAUAUUUACUUCAAGGACUGACUAAUUUUAUCAGCGCGCAAAGUUCCGCGCCCUGGAGGAACCGGAUCAAGUGGGUGAAUAACGGCCAGGUGUUCAGUUUAAUGAGCACCGGCUCUGAGUAUCACGCACCGGUGCCGUCCAGAAGACAGUCCAGGGUUUAUCCGAGCAGAGAUGCUUCCCGGGACAGGACCAUGCGAAUUCGAGUGGAAUCGGUUGAGAGACCCACUAACAGCGUACCGGACAGCAGCACCGCGCUUUUGGGCCCCGACCGCAUGCAGUAUAUAGUGGCCAACAGCCGCGCACCGGGUGCCAGACAAACGCAUGUGCGCCAGAGGCUCAGAAUAGCUCCAGGAGGAACCAGAACCAACGCCACGGUCCUGUCUGAAUACUCAGGUGGAGGAAGAGCCCCUGCACAGGGGGGAAAUACCGCACGGAGGGCGCCAGUGGUUCCCAAUCUCCUACAGCUGAAUCCAACGGAGAAUCCAAACACCUUAAAUUCAGAUUAUGGAAAUAAUGAAGCAGAUCUCCCCAGAGCGCAAGCUCCAAAUGUCCCAGUUGAGCAGGGAACAACGUCUGAAAGUAUGGCAGGAGAUGAUCCACGCAACAGGAAUACCGUCUUCUACAACAUCUAUCCUCCCGGGGGCAGGACGCUCAUUCCCCGCAGACCGCCGCCUGGCACCGGGUAUGGCACCAGAUAUUUCCAGAACGGUCUUCCGGACCUUGUGCCAGAUCCAUAUUCCAUCCAGGCGGGCUCAUAUAUCCAGCGCGUCCAGAUGUACGCGCUCCGGUGCGCGGCGGAGGAGAACUGCCUGGCGCGAUCUGCGUACAGACCCACGGUGAGAGACAUAGACUACAGGGUUCUCCUUCGGUUCCCACAGAAAGUCAGGAACAUGGGAACGACGGACUUUCUGCCGGUCAAACCCAGACAUCAGUGGGAGUGGCACAGCUGUCAUCAGCACUAUCACAGCAUGGAUGCAUUCAGUCACUAUGAUCUCCUGGACAUCAGCACUGGACGGAAGGUCGCUGAGGGACACAAGGCCAGUUUCUGUCUGGAAGACACUGGCUGCGAUCCGGGAUUUCACCGCAGAUACGCGUGCACUGCACACACACAGGGUUUGAGCCCAGGCUGCCACGACACAUACGCUGCCAACAUCGACUGCCAAUGGAUCGACAUCACAGACGUCGCUCCUGGGAACUACAUUCUCAAGGUCACUGUCAAUCCAGACUACCUGGUGCCCGAGUCGGACUUCUCCAAUAACGUUGUGCGAUGUGAGGUCAUUUACACUGGCAUUUACAUCCAAACAAGAAACUGCAUCAUAACUGGGAGUUAAAGCCCUUGGGUCGGGUCAACAAGAUGAUUUUUUUUAAAGGCCUAUGUAAUAGGUUUAACUAUAAUAAUUUAACUUGAAACAUUCCUUAUAGAUGUUGGAAUAAUAUUUAAUGACAAACGUACUGUAUCUAUUUUAUACGAGUUAGCAAGUGUUUUUGUGAUGUUU